GUCUGUCUGUCUGUCUCUUUCUCUCUGUCUCUGUCUCUCUUUCUCUCUCUCUCUCUUUGUCCCCUCCAGUCGAUGCUGAUGAGAUUAAGCGUCUGGGAAAGAGGUUUAAGAAACUGGACCUAGAUAACUCUGGGUCUCUCAGCGUGGAGGAGUUCAUGUCCCUGCCUGAACUCCAGCAGAACCCGCUGGUCCAGAGGGUCAUCGACAUCUUCGACACCGAUGGAAAUGGAGAGGUGGACUUCAAGGAAUUCAUUGAGGGAGUCUCACAGUUCAGUGUCAAGGGGGACAAGGAGUCAAAGCUUCGGUUCGCCUUCCGGAUCUACGACAUGGACAAGGAUGGCUACAUCUCCAACGGGGAGCUCUUCCAGGUGCUGAAGAUGAUGGUUGGGAACAACCUCAAGGACACUCAGCUCCAGCAGAUCGUGGACAAGACCAUCAUCAACGCAGACAAGGACGGAGAUGGCAGGAUAUCCUUCGAAGAGUUCUGCUUAGUGGUGGGUGGUCUUGACAUACACAAAAAGAUGGUGGUGGACGUGUGAGCCCGUCCC